UCUGCGUCUCGGCUGUCUCGGCUCAUGGUGCAAGACAAACUUUGACUCGUGAUCUAUCAGUCAUCCUCAAAGAUAGCAUAUGUUUCGUCAUAUUAGCAGACAACUGCUUGUUUGUACCAAGGGUCGGUGUUUGAAUUCGAGGUUGGUGAAAUACGCGUGCUUCUCGCUUAGUUCUGUCGGGAUUUUGUACGGUGCAAAGAUGGCGCAAGCAAAGGAACACACAACAAUUCUCGACUUCGAGGUAAAAGAUAUAGAUGGCAACCCUGUAAAACUGUCGAAGUACGAAGGAUUUGUGACGCUCAUCGUCAACGUAGCGUCCAAAUGAGGUUUUACCAAGAAGAACUAUGCUCAGCUACAGGAGCUGCACACCUCGUAUGCUGAGCAAGGUCUUCGUAUUCUUGCUUUUCCUUGCAAUCAGUUUGGAGGACAAGAGCCUGGCACUGAGAGUGAAAUCAAGGAGUUUGUUGGUACUUAUGGUGUAGAGUUUGACAUGUUUGGCAAGAUUGACGUCAAUGGAUCAAAUGCAGAUCCUCUCUAUGUCUUCCUGAAAAAUGCAAAACAGGGAACACUAACAAACAACAUCAAGUGGAACUUUACAAAGUUUCUUUGUGAUAAGCAUGGAGUCCCUGUAAAGAGAUAUGCUCCAACCACCUCACCUCUUGACAUUAAAAAGGACAUUGAAAAAGUCCUUGUGAAAUAAUAACAUAAUAGCACAGCCUUGGAGUUAUAUACACUCUAAAAUGAUGGCACCAUUAUUUUUCAGUGAUAGUUCUGUAAACUGAUUUGUGCAGUACAACUUUUGGCAUGUUUCAGUAAUAUGCAAACUCUCAGGUCAAAUGGUCAAGUUUGCAAUCUAGUAUUAUGGUGCCCUCAGUCUUGACAUAAAGAAGGCCAUCUUAAAUGGCAGAGAAGAAACUGAAAACCCAAAAUGAAAAUGGAUAGACAUCCUUUAAUUACAUUUCAGGAACAUGCUUUCUUCUUGAGAUGCAUCUUGGAAAGUAAUUCAUAGUUUGCAUGUUAUUGAGAAGUGCACAUUUUUUUUAACCAUUUCUUACAUAAAUUCUUCAAGUUCCACCUAACUUUUAAACAAUGUGUGGUUGUUUUGUUGAAAUGAUAAACUUGUAAAACUUUCCGUCAGUAUUCAGGGCUUGACACUAACUUUUCAACUUACUAGUCAAGUGGCCAGUGACAUCUUAGAUGUUACAACAAUUUCAGU